AUGACGGCAGGAGAGCAGCGACAGACCCCCUGUAGGCGGCGCAGGACUGAGAGACAGCAACAACAACAGCAGGAAGACAGUGAGGAGGAGCAGUCGGAUGGAGAGGAACUGCAGAUUGCCCUUGCACUGUCUCUUUCGCUGCAGGAGCAGCAAGAGAAGCAGGAGCAGAAGCAGGAGCAGCAACAGCAGCAGCAACACGAACAGCAACAGCAACAGGAGCAGGAGCAGCAGCAAGAGCAGCAGCAACAGCAGCAACACGAACAGCAACAGCAACAGGAGCAAGAGCAGCAGCAAGAGCAGCAGGAGCAGCAGGAUGAAGAUCCGCGCGUCAUCUCAGCCGUAGAAAGGGCGGCUUCCUGCCGAACUACAAAUAGCAACAGCAACAACAGCACCAGCAUCCAGAAUACUAGCUGCUCGGGAGGGAAGAAUGAGCAGUCUGGCAUCCGCAAGGAAGAGCAGGCAGCAGCAACAAGCAGCAGCAGCGAUGUCGACAAUCGUAGAUGUAGGAAGCAUGCGCGCAUGCAAGGGCAGGAAACCGAGAGGGACUGCACGAGCAGCGAGGAUGAUGAGGAUGUGCAGCUUGCAAUUGCUUUAUCGCUAUCGGAGCAGACGGAAUUUCCGAAAGACAGCAGCGCUGGCAAGAUAGACCGUUCAGAGGCUUCUUCGAAUUCCAAACCAGCUUUCGUGAGUACACUCAAGAGGAAGCGAUGCGGAGAUCAGAGCGGCAGCAACAGCGUCAAGGUUUCUGCGGCGCACUCAAAACAGCCACGCGAGAAGCGACUGCGCGCAAGUGGAGUGUCUGUGCCUUGCUCAGGCACUGACAGCAGCAGCAGCAGCAGUGGCGAAGGCAGCAGCAGCAGUUGGUGCAGCGACUCCGAUGGUCACGAACACGCUGUUCGCGCGAACGAUCAAAGGCGUGAAACCAGCCGUACAGCAGCUACUGGUGUCAUGAGCGCUCAGAAAGCAGCAACUCGAGAAGCACAGCGAGCAACUAGCCGCUGCGGGGACGGCAGCAAAGUCAGCAGCAGCAGCAGCAAUAAGAACAACAAGCAAUCGCUGCUGGCAGAGCGGCGUGCUGCUCUGCGUGCUGAGCGGAAGCAGAGGCGCCAGGAGGCUGUUGCCGCUGCUGCAGCAGCAGCGGCAACAGCAACGGCAGCCUGGAAGGAAGAGAAGCUGCUGGCUGCCAGAGACUUCCUUUGGGAUGUCUUAACAGGUGCCGAAUCAAUCGAACCGCUAAAGCAGCAGCAGCGACAACAGCAAAUCCAGCAGCAGCAGGUGCAGCAGACACUCACCAGACUGCAAGGCACCUUAACCAGCGAGGCAGACGGCAUGAAGCAGCAGCAACAACAGAAGCAGCAGGAGCUCUUGCAAACCGCACAGGAUGACACAGAGAUCAGAACCUCUGACGCAGCUGCCAGCAGCAGCGGCGGAAGCAGCAGCAGCAGUAGUAGCAGCAGCAGCAGUAGUAGCAGCAGCAGCGGCGGAAGCAGCAGCAGCUCUAUCAGCUGCAGCACGACUACCAUUACCACCAACACCAACACCGAUAGCAGCAGCAGCACCAACAACAAUCACAAUAGUGCGUUUCACAAUUAUGUGACGAUUGAAAGACUACAGGAAGUGGCAGAGGCUGCCGCAGUCGACUUGAGCCAAAGAGAUAUACUCGAUAUGGUAGCCGCUGCUGCUGCUGCUACUACUACUGUUGGAGGAGACGCAGCAGAAGCAGCAGCGGCAGCAGGGAAACGAUAUAUCACUUUUUCAGAAUUCGCCGCAGUCUUCAACCAUGCAGGCCUUAAAGUAGAAAGAAAUGGUCAUGUUUGGUAA